UGGGACCUUGUGCGUGUCAGAAUUAGCCACGGUGUUAAAAUUAGGCAUCGAUCGAGUAGCAUUACUGAUGACAGAAUGAAGUAGGGACAAACAAAUGUAGUGUGUGUGUGUGUGCGUGUGGUGUGAGUGAUUCGGUUUCAUUGCGCGCUGUUAUUGUUUGCCGCUAUAAGCUGCCCUUUAAGGCACAAACACCAGCCAAAAACCAUCCGGCACCGGAAAGGGCUGUUUUUCGCCUUGUUCCUUGUUUACCGCUAUGCUUCUGGUGAGAGACGGCGGAGACAUCGAUUGCUGCGAUGCACCCGCUCAUGGUAUGCGUUGUGAGUAAACACACCAAUAAUGCGUGUGUGAAAAUGUGCCGAGAAAAAGAUGUGUGAAAACGGAUCAUUAGCGCAGCAGGCGGUGUAUUAUUAUGGUAGCAUUGGUUUGUCGCAAAUUCAAUAGAGGCAAAAAACAACCAAAAACAAGGUGCUACUCUGUCAGAGGUUGAGCUGUCUGUUCGUUUGGUUUGGUUGAGUGUGCAAGCCCGCUUGUUGCCCGAAUCCGGAAAAGGGAAGCUGUGGACGAAAGUAAAACAUUUGUGCAACUCAGGAAAAAUUGUUUCGUUUCCUGCACGGAACGUAACGUAUCAAGAUGGCUGCCUGGAGAGCGGCGGGAUUGAACUACAUCAACUAUUCUAAUAUUGCGGCACGAUUGGUACGAAAAGCGUUAAAGCCUGAAUUACGUGCGCAAGCAGCACGACGGGAAGAAUCGCACAUCGCACUGACCAAAUGGCAGAAUGGAAAACCCGUGGAAAAGAUUGCCACUUAGUAGUUGUGCAGACAUCGGAAAUAUUUUCUUGUUUGUUUGUUUGUUUGUUUUCUGUCAGUUUGGGUAACAAAUAUCAAUGUAUAGCACUGGGUUUCAAAUUGUAAUGAUUUAAAAGAAACAAAGAAGGAUGUAAGCGAUAGAAUAAUA